GAAUUCAUAGAAAAGAGACUUAUAAUUUAGAUUCGCAGUCCAAAUCUAAUACCGAAGUCUACCGCCGACGUGUUGUUUACUCUCUCCAAAUUAGUAUCAAUACUUUCCAACCACUUGUUUUCCAUCCCCCAAUAACAUCGCGUCGCCCGAGGCGAGAGCCCAGCCCGACAUGGCCGCCUCCAGCGCCGGCGACAGGAGCGGCGAAUCUUGGACCGCUGUAGCCAUCAACUGCUGCCUGCUGGCGUCAGGAGCGGCCGGUGGCGCACUGCUGGCGUGGUGGGCGCAGUCAUUCCACCGCUCCAACCGGCAACUCUGGAUGGUCCCCGCCGGCCUCGUCCUCGUCGGCACCCCCGUCUUCGCCUGGCUCUCCAUCCUCGCCUCCGCCAUCUACAGCGUGCUCCGGACGGCGGCAGCCAGACCCCCCUCCUCGCCGCUCCCCAUCGAUCGCGACGACCCGGAGAGAUAAUAAAUUAUGGAUUAGAUUGAAGCUUUAUAGAUCAUCUAUAUAUAGAUAUAUAUAUAUUCACA